AUGGAGAAAGUGUUCAGUAGCCAACCAGCCGGUCAAGCUGACCAGGUGAACGACCAGGUGAACGACCAGGUGAACGACCAGGUGAACGACCAGGUGAACGACCAGGUGAACGACCAGGUGAACGACCAGGUGAACGACCAGGUGAACGACCAGGUGAACGACCAGGUGAACGACCAGGUGAACGACCAGGUGAACGACCAGGUGAACGACCAGGUGAACGACCAGGUGAACGACCAGAGACAAGUGAAGCGGUGUUGGCAGAUUAAUAAUAAUCCAGUCUUGACUCGAAGCACAGACAGGCAGAUUAGAAUCAGCUACGCUGUAGGCAGCUACACCGUAGGGCGCUACACCGGAGGUCGCUCCACCGUAGGUCGCUACACCGUAGGCAGCUACACCGUAGGCAGCUACACCGGAGGUCGCUACACCGUAGAUCGCUACACCAUAGGCCGCUACACCUUUGUGUGUCACCUGGUUUUCACCUUUGUUUCCCCUCAGGUCCGUCUGGACCUGGGCUCAGGUGAACAUUCACUGCGUUUUGAAGAAGGAAUAAAACCAUGUGACAGGAAGUGGCAUAUUGUGCAGUUGAACCAUGACGGACACAACCUAACCAUGACUCUGGACCAACAGUUCCACACCAGCCUGAGCAUGCCAGGUCCAGAUCGGGAACUCGGUGUCCUUGAUGGGCUUUUUAUCGGUGGGGCAGCUGCUCUGAAGUACCCCUACCUUCACGCCUCCACCGCUGGGUUUCGAGGUUGUGUGGAUGAAGUGGUGUUUAAUGAACAUAACCUGCUUUCAAGUCUCAGGCCGUACUUUGGCUUCAAAAGUGUCCACCAGGUAUCGACGGGUUGUGACUCCCAAUUUUCUGCAACAGAACUCGAUCCCGUCAGUUUCUCUGGGCCCAAAUCCUUCCUGUCGCUCCCACCGUGGGAGUUUCCACAGGAGAGAGUGUUUGAGUGUGAGCUUCACCCAUCUUCAAAGGAAGAAGACGGCGUGGUCCUGUACACCUCUGGCAACCAGGGAGAGUUCCUUGCAGUAGAGAUUGUAAAUGGCCACCUGGUGGCAACGGUAGGAAAUGCGGAGGGGAGUAAGGUGGAGCUGCGCUCUCCAACAAAUGUACGCAGGAGCUCCACCUGGUACGCCGUCCAGCUACAUCUGCUGCCCUACAGCAUCCGACUGAAGGUGGAUCAGGAGUCGAUCAAGGCCGAUCUAGGUCUGGAGCCGCAGGUUGUCCACCUCAAAGGUGCUCUUUUUUUAGGAGGGUUGGAUGAGAAGGCACACGGAGAGGCUAGGAGAGUUGGUCUGCGUUCUACCCUGUCACCAGCAGGGGGGUCCUUUAAAGGUUGUCUCCGAGACAUCAAAGUAAACAGUCAAAGUAAAGGACUUCCCCAAGCUCUCAUCACAAAGGACAUCACUGUGGGCUGUGGAGCAGCACACGUCCAGAUAAUGACAACCCCUAGUGGUCCAACGAGGACUCCACAGAUUCAGGCCACAACCGCAAAACCAAAUAUUACAAAUAAAAGGAUCCCAAACUUUCUGCUGCUCGGAAAACUGGAGGUGGACGAGGGAGGACGAGCUCCACUGGAGCCCAAACACAUCAAGGUAAAUCUAAAUUUUCGCAAACUAGGAAUCCAUCCUUCCCAGUUCAAGUUUCACAUUGAGAAGCGUCCAGUUUAUGGCCGGCUCCUGAUGGACCUCAGUCCAGACUCUGACGCCGACCUGGAUAAGGCACGAGAGAGGAACGCCACUGCGGGAACCCAGGACAAGAACGGGACUUUUAGCAUGCUUGACCUUUGGCAGGGCCGGGUGAUGUACGUUCACGGGGGCUCGGAGGAACCCAGUGACUUCUUCGUGUUCUCAGUUUCUGUCAGCAGCAGGAAGCAGAUACCUGGCUUUCUGAAGGUCAAACAUCUGCAGCGCUUUGAUAUCACAGUCACUCCUGUUAAUGACGGCCCUGAGCUCAGUCUCCCACGGGGAGAUGUCUUCACACUCCCACAGACGUCCAAACGACAGUUGACGACCGAUGUCUUGAAAGUGUCGGACCCCGACAGCAGUCCUACAGAGCUGGUCUUCAGCUCUCUGGGUGACAUCAUCACUGAAGCAGGACACCUUGAGCACAAUGAUUUCCCCCGGAGGGCGAUAAACUUGUUCACCCAACGUGAUCUGGAGGAGGGGAAGAUCGUCUUUGUCCACAGUGGCGUCUCCACCACCAGGCUGCUGCUGAGGGUCAGUGAUGGACAGAAGUCAAGCAACACGGUGGUUCUGCGGAUCGUAGCGGUUCCACUUGAGUACAAAGUGGUGAACAACACAGGUCUGGAGGUGAACCAGGGCCAGGCUUCGGUCAUCACUACUGACCAUCUGGCCGUGGAAGUAAACUUGGCAGAUCAGACGGCGGACGUUGUCUUUGAUAUAACGGAGUCGCCACGAUACGGCCAACUUCAGAGGCUGCACUCAAGUGGAGAAUGGAAAGUCACGACGUCCUUCUCCCAGAAACUGUUAGAAAAAGAACGCAUCCGUUACUUCAGCACUUACUUCGGCCUUCAGAGUCACAGGAACGUCAGCGAUCACUUCAAAUGUCACAUCAGCAUCAACGCUGUGGCUACAGCGGAGCUCAGUGUUCCCGUUGCGGUUCACUGGAUUCGCUUCAAGGUCACAAGAAGUAAGGUGGAGGUCAACAGCGUUGCGGCCGUUGUCGUGACCUCUGAGAACCUCCAGGCCAUCUCCAAAGGUGUCAAACUCCAGGAGAGCGACAUCUACUUCCGACUCCUGACCCUACCAAAGAAAGGUCAACUCCUCCUUCAAAACAAAGUUCUAGUGAAGAACUCAACCUUCAGCCAGAAGAACAUCACCGAUGGUUUGCUGAAGUACGCGCUGUACCACAGAGUACACGUCCACACCAGAGACAUGUUCAGCUUUCAGGUCUUUUCGUCACAAGCCGUUUCUUCCAGUCAUGACUUCAGGGUCAACAUUAAAAAUGGUUCCACUGAUGUCACUGUGGUCAACAAGGGGCUCACGGUCCUGGAGGGGGGCAGUCGAAUCCUCACCAAAGACUUCCUGUUCACGUACACUGCAGCUGGCCGUGAGGUCCAGUACACGGUGACAAAGAGUCCACAGCAUGGACAGCUGAGGAGGGUCAACCUGUCCAACUCCUCGUCCGUUAAUCACAACGUGGUCCUUUUCACAAACUGGGACAUUUCACAGGAGAGACUGAUGUACGUUCAUGACGACAGUGAAACCACACAGGACCAUUUCAAAUUUCAGAUUCUGGUACACACUGGUAAACAGGAAGAAAGUACCGGAGGUGAACGUAGCUUUAACGUCUCCGUGCAGCUGGUCAACGACCACCGACCUGAGAGGGUGGUGGACAAAGUCUUCAACGUGACCCGGGACGGUCAGAGGCUGCUGACGCUGAAUGACCUCCGCUACAAGGACGAAGACUCGGACUUUGACGACGGCGCCCUGGUAUACACUCGAAGGGGGAUUCCCAUGGGCGACGUGGUGCUGAGCAGUGACCCCAGUCACAAACUGUACCAGUUCACACAGAGGGACAUCCAGCAGAACAAGGUGCUGUUUGUCCACGGAGGAGUCAGCUAUGGACGGUUUGUGCUUUUUAUAAGCGAUGGGAAACAUUAUGUGUCUACUCUGUUUGAGGUCAUGGCCCAGGAUCCUUAUCUUCACGUGGAAAACAACACCGGUCUCAUGGUCCAACGAGGCGGGAACACAAACGUCACGUCUGCUAGCCUCAGCGUCCUUACCAACCUCGACAUCCGCGAUCCACAGGAAGUGACGUUCCAAGUCUUCCUCCCGCCUCAACACGGUGUCCUGUGCCUAAUGGACGGUGACUGUGACCCGGCCAAUCAGGCGAGUGGAGUUUCAACGUUCACCCAGUGGGAUCUAGAGACAGAGCGUCUGUCGUAUCACCACGACGGCAGCUACGAACUCUCGGAUUGUUUCAACGUUACAGCAAAGGCAAACGAGAAGAGCACCGCUGGGCAACGGGGCAGAAGGAGGAGGAGCGAGGUUCGUCUGGACAUCGCAGUUCCGAUUAAAAUCUACCUGGAGAGUCACCAGAGGCCCCCGACGGUCCUCACGAACCACCCGGUGGUCGUGGAAGAGGGACAAAAUGUCUCCGUCACUAGAGUGAAUUUAGAGGUGGUCCAUGAAGACAGCCGGCCCCCAGACGUCACCUUCACUGUCCUCAACCCCCCAUCUCUGGGCUUUCUUCAAAAGACCCCCCCUGUCCAUGAGCAGCAGACUAUCAAUGGGAAACAGCGACACCCACAGACCUUUGACCCCGAGCAGACGAGCUCCUUCACCCAGAGUGACGUGAACCAGGGAUUGAUCAUCUACCAUCAGCGGGCUGCUGGAGGCAGAAAUGACUCCGUUCUGUUGGAGGCGACCAACGGCAUGACUGAGGUUGGACCCAUCGUGCUGGAGAUUGACAUCAUUCCAAAACUUGUCCCUCUUCAGGUGUCUGAGUUGACCCUGGAUGAAGGCUCUGCUGCGCCUCUAACCACUGACCUCAUCAAGGUCACCAGUCAUCACUUCUCAGACGUGAACUUCCUCUACCAAGUCCUGGUUCCACCCCGACACGGACACCUGGAGCACAGCCGGAUCCCAGGGAUGGCCAUCGCUGCCUUCACACACACUGAGGUAGAACGUCACUUCAUCUCCUACGUCCAUGACGGCAGCGAGACACACAGAGACAACUUCACCCUGGUGGCCAAUCAGACAGAAACCAGCAAACACAGCCUGCCGUGUACCAUCAACAUCAGCGUGGCACCGGUCAACGACCAGACUCCUGUCGUCACGGCCAACCGAGGUCUGAAGGUCGCGGCCGGUUCAGUGACAGAAAUCACCGCAGAUGUUUUAAGCGCUGAAGACGCGGACACUGCGUCUGAGCUGCUGCAGUUUGUCGUCACGCCCCCGAGCAACGGCCACCUGGCCCUGAAGAGCGCCCCUUCCAGGCACAUUCUGAACUUCACCCAGGCUCACGUACAGAGUGGACGGCUGCUGUUUGUCCACAGUGGUGCCUUCACCGGCGGCUUCCACUUCCAGGUGAACGAUGGCGUGAACUUUGCUCCUCGACAGAUCUUCAGCACCACUGCAUUUUCUCUGGUGCUGACUCUGCAGAAAAACCAUCCAAUCGAGGUCUACCAAGGUUCUGUGAGACCCAUCUCUGGGGCGCACCUUCAGGUGGUCUCCAGCGACUCCACUAGAAACCACUCCGUGUUGUUUACGGUCGUCGUUCCUCCCAAACUCGGCCGAUUACUGCGACGCCUGCCCGACAACUCCACGCAGGACGUUUCCACCUUCUGGCAGAGCAUGGUCAACGACGGGGUCAUACUGUAUGAACAGACCAGACCACAGACCGUGGGUUGGUCCACCACAGACUCCUUCACUUUCACCGCGUCUUCUCCUCCUGCUGCCCUCCCUCCUCACAACUUCACCAUCCUGAUCUCCUUCUUGGCCAACGACCAUCACGACAGCCCUCAGCACAACACCGGAUUACUGAAUAAUGCAGGAGCGGUGGUGUCAGAAGGAGGCAGGGUGAAGAUCGACAGCUCCAAACUGGACGCCUCCAACCUCCUGGAGAAGGUUCCUGAAGCUCAGCGCAAAAAUCACCACAUCUGGUACCGAGUCAUUUCUCUGCCGCAGCACGGCACCUUGUCCGUACAAGGACGUAAUCUCACCAGAGAGACUCCACAUUUCUUACAGACCUCCUUAAAUCAGGUUGGAGUUACGUACGUCCACGACGACUCAGAGACCGUCAGGGACAGUUUCACCUUCCAGGCCGGCGCUGCUCCUUUAGACUCUGACCACAGAGUGAACGACAGUCUGAUGGUGACGGAGACGUUCAACAUCACCGUCACCCCGGUCAACGACCACCCACCCCUGGUCAGGAGCCCCACCCCCAGUAUGAAGGUGGUGGUUGGAGAGAGGGUGGUUCUGGGUCCAGACUCCCUCCAGGUUGAGGACCAGGACACCCCCCCUGAAGAACUUCACUACCUGCUCAUCAGUGGCUCCAACAACGGUUACCUGACCUUAGGAGAAAGACCAGAACCCGUCACCUCCUUCACGCAGUAUGACGUCAACCACGGUCGACUGCAUUUCACACAGCAGGGUGAGGCGUCAACGGGGGUUUUUUACUUCAACGUGACCGACGGUCAUCACCGGCCGCUCUACAAACUCUUCACUCUGGAGGUGGUUCAACCUUCAGUCUCCAUCGUCAACAACACUGGCCUCUCAUUGGUCCAAGGUAGGACGGCUGUGGUCCUAACAACCAAUCAGCUGGCAGCACGAACAAACGGCCGAAGCCAGGCCAACAUCAGCUACACCGUUACUGCGUCGCCUCAGCACGGGCGCAUAGCCAUCAAUGACCAGGAGGUGGUGGGCUUCUGCCACCAGGACCUUCAGUUUGGUCGGGUGGUCUAUCACAUGACUGACCUCAGCGAAUCAGAGGACACGUUCCAGAUCUCAGUGUCGGCUUCCUCACAUGGUGUGGAUUAUGGUAAUGUGAGCGGUCAGACGGUGAAGGUCACGGUGCGGCCGCUCCUCUACCUGAGAGAACCGAUCCGGGUUCCCAGUGGGAUCGCUGUUAAACUGGGAAAAUCCAUGAUGGACGCGUCUGAACUGGCCAGGAUCAGCAGGUCGGACCCGGUCUUUGAAGUUCUGACUUCACCGAAACAUGGAAAACUGGUCAAGAUGACAUACGAUCCUACCCAGGCGUCCCAGCUUCUGAAGUCCUUCACUUUCAGAGAUGUGGUUCAAGGCAGGGUUGCCAUUGAGGAAACUCUGAGUGACGACGACAGCCAGCUUCAUGACAACCAAUCAGCACUGGCCACAGCUGGAGGCCACGCCCCUGCCACGCCUCUCAACGAUUCCUUCACCUUCUUAUUGAAGGCUGGAAACGUUCAGCCAGCCAAGGGCGAGCUCCACUUCACCAUCUUUCCACACCACCAGAUGGGUCACGGUCCGGACGGUGCAGGUCGCACGCACGCUACACCCCCCCGACCGCCGGCACAAAAUAAGACGACUUCAGGCGGAAAAGCAGGGGAGGGUGUGGGUUUACAUCCCCAUAUUUUAUUACAUAAAGCCAACAACAGGACCCAUCACCGACCGAGGACUCACCACCGCUGGGGGAACCACAGUCGUACCAGAGACAAGUCGGGGAGCAGCCCAGCAGGACCAGACCAACGUGGGCCGCUGAACCCACCUGACGUCCAACCGGAUCAUUUAGAGGUCCUUCCUCGUCCAGCGUCGGACCCGCUCCUCAUAAUACUGCCCCUGCUGGCCUGUUUGCUUCUCAUCGUUAUUCUUGUGGUCCUGAUUCUGGUGUUCCGUCGCCGGAAGGAAAAGCGUUCCCGGACGCAGCUCAUCCAGCAGUUGGCUGCGGUGCGGGUUCCCCUGGAGGAAAGCCCCCGCCUGCGUGGUCCUGAACCAAGUGUGGCAAUGCCAAUGGUGGUGGUCACCCCUCUUGGCCCUGUCAGUUGUCCCAACUCCCCAAGGAUUCCUGUGAGUCCCAGAAGAAGGAGGACCAGUCUGGCUCCCAGCAUGACCUUCUGGGGGUCGGUAGACGCUGACGCAGGUUUAACCGAGGCUCAUGGGAACAGGAGACGUGGAGUCAGUGUCAGAAGGAGUGAUGUGACGCGCGGUGAUGUUGUCCUGAGGGUUUCUACAGACGCUGGUCAGCGUCAGUGGCCGACUCUUCAACACCAGCAGUUCUGGGUUUAAUAAGGUGGAGCCUUCGUACUGUGUGGUCGACACCAUCUGUGGGUCGGAGCCUCCAACCACAUCCAUGUUCCUUCCUGUACCUGAUUAGCUACAGGUCACUGCCCACAUACCAUGGUUAUGGUUAUUAAGCAAUACAGCCACUGGGGGCAGUGCUCCACUUCACCUUCACUGCCUUUAGACCCAGAACCCGUUUGCGUCGCUGCUGUGUUCUUGUCUUCUUCUUCUCUGUACCUUUCUGUCCCGUGGGAGCUAUUCUGCCCCCAUAGAUGUCAGGUGGAACUGCUUCGAUUCCUGCACCGACGAACGCAUCUCCAAAAACGUACUUAAUCAUGAACCUAACCUAUGAACCUGUGGAGCUCUGCCACUACUGGUCAGAGAGUGGUACUUCAGACAGACAUGGAUUUUAAGCAGAAUCAGAAAUGACUUUAGUGACACCUGAGGGAGAGAACGUGUACUGCAGUUCAGUCUGAUACUUUACUUUUUAUUUGUUACUUCAUUUCUCUUUACUUUGACUCUAGAUGGAUGGAUGAUGGAUGGAUGGAUGAUAGAUGGAUGAUGGAUGAUGGAUGGAUGGAUGGAUGGAUGAUAGAUGGAUGAAUGAUAUUAAUCCCUUUGGGAAAUUUAGCAUCAUUUUCUGUGUCUUUCCUCUGUGUCCUGUUUAUUGACUGAGAUCUGGCUAAUGCUAAGCUACUUGAGCUACAGUGAAUUAAUGCCUGGUUUUAACAUUUGUACUGAACUCAGAGUUUAGGUGUUAUUCAACUUUAGUCGACGGAUGUACUGCUUUACUGACUGUUUGUUUUUGACCAGCACACCUGCAAUAGCCAUUUGUAUCCGCUAGAUGUCACAGUUGUCAUUCUGCUCGUGCAUGCACUUCAGCAGCGUUCAAGUGACGUGUGGUUUUCAAACAGCAGAAGUCUCAGAAGUCCCCCCCCCCCCUUCUUUCCUCUCCCGUUUUUUCGGCUGCUGCUGAAGGACUGUUUAUUUUGAGUGGAAUGUCAGAAGUUGCCGUUUAAUAAGACAGUGAUGCCUUCACUGUCCUAGGGGGAAAAGCAGCACGGUGGGCGUCCAGAGUGUGUUGACGUCUGUCAGUCACAGCUGGGACUCAACUUCAAAAACACAGUUUUAAAGACAAACUUUUGGUUUUUAUAAUUUAUUUCUUUUCCUUCCAGACUCAGGACAACCAGCUUCUUCUGUCGUGACCUUUUGACCCCCCCCCCAACCCCAGCAUAUUCUAAUGUUUUAAAGUAUAUGUUUUUAUAUACAGAUAUAACCUGUAUAUGUGUGUAAAUAUAUGUACAUAUAUGUUCUUGGAAACAAUCCAUUUCUAUUAGAAAAAUAAAUAUUAGAAAGAACUCACAGUACAAA